UUACCAAGGAGACGGGCGCCGUGUUACUCGUCGCCGCUAGCCGUUAGCUUCGGGGAUAGACCAGAGUUUCGGUGCCGCAUGUUCUGCUUCAGGAGGACGCCUGUGUCAUGGCUGAGCUCCAUAUUAUAGGACAGAUCGUUGGGGCCAGUGGUUUCCCGGAAAACAGCCUAUUUUGCAAAUGGGGAGUUCAUACGGGAGGAGCAUGGCGUCUCCUGUCCGGGCUGAAGGAGGGUCAGACUCAGGUGGAUAUCCCCCAAACCGGAGACAUUGCCUACUGGAGUCACCCGAUUGAUCUGCACUACGCGACCAAGGGGCUUCAAGGCUGGCCCAAGCUUCACCUCCAAGUGUGGCACCAGGAUUCUUUCGGACGCUGCCAGCUGUACGGAUACGGCUUCUGCCACGUCCCCUCUAGCCCCGGUCACCAUCGGAUAAGCUGUGCGACCUGGAGGCCGCUCGGCUCCUGGCAAGAGCAGCUAGCGCAAAUGUUUGUCGGCGGAGGUCCCCAGCUCCGCAGCCCAGAUCUCAUAUACAGCGGGGCGGAUAGAUACAGGCUACACACGGAGGCCAUGGGGACUGUGGAGCUGGAGCUCGGCCUUAUAAUGAGACACUUUGACAAAUAUGGCGUCGAGAGCUAAGACGUUGAAAACAGAAAAGAAAAAGAAAUUAGGGAAAUUGUGACUGUUUACAUGUUGUGCAGGCCUUGCAUUUCCUUGUUAACUUGUUUUUACUGCAGUUCUGUACAUUUUUAAAGUACUUUUUACAAACUAGGAAACCCCUCUAUGUAAAUAAAGAACACAACAGUCUUCACGAAGUUGGUUUCUUGAUGAUGUGUACUACAACACUCACGGUUAUGCCUCAAAUUUUUGAAAUCUCCAUAAAUGUGUAUCCAAUAUAAUAAAUACUUUUACUUGCUUUUGAA